GCACAGAUACUCAAAAUGAUUCCAGCGCGGGCGUUGUUGACGUUUAUUUUGCCGGUUGUUGUAUUUUCCAAUGAAAUCGCUUUUGAUGGUUUAAAUGUUUCUACCGAUACAAAAAACCCAGUUUUACGAAAUACUAUUAAUUCAGAAUUGGUCGACAGAAGUGCCACGAGACUCGAGCCGGUUUAUCCUAAUAUUUGGUUAGCCGAUCUCUUUUAUCAAUCAUUGGUUGGGUUUUCCGUCACAGAUGUUGGAAGUUCCGCAUGUCGACUGCAAUCAAAAUUGUACUUAAGCCAUUUAAAAAAUAACUCCUACUGGGCAGUAAAAAUGUCUGACUCAUGGCCUAGAUACCUGAACGGAUUAUUAAUAGGCAACACACAUCACAUUGGCGUUUAUGACGAGUGCAUCAGUGUGCAUCAGCCUAUUCAAGGAAAAUAUUGUAUGUCAACAAUAGAACUUCAGACUUCAACAAACGAAAACUUCACCCAGUACAGUAAAGAUGAGUACGCAAGUUUCGAUAACGCAUGGCAAGAAAUACUUGGGUUUAUCGAUUAUGGUGACCGGUAUAAAAGAAAUGUUAUCAAUCUCGGCGUCUGUAUACCAGAAGCGUGUUCAUCCGCAGAUCUUGAAGUUUCAUUACAAAGAGAACUCGAUCGUAUAUUCCUGUCUCAUCAACUAAAAGCGCAAGUCAAAGUUAAACCGGAUUUAUGUAACACUAACAAGCAUUUUUUCCCUUACGACACAGGAUAUUAUGUAACUUGCGGGUUUUUUGGCUUGCUGAUUUUGAUUGUAUCAUUUUCGACGACUUAUCAUUUAGUAGCCCUACGCAAUGGUCGUGAAAACCAACCGUCGCAAAAUUUGGAAGUACUAAAUAUGUUUUCGGUAAUAAAAAAUGGAAAUGAUCUUAUCAAAUAUAAUAAGGACAAUGAGCUCAAUAUCUUUAAUGGUUUGGUGUCAAUCCAAAUGAUGUCGAUCGUAAUAGGACAUGGACGUCUAAUUGGUAUCAAUCAUCCGCGGUUGUACCCAAAACCAGUUGAAGAGAUUCAUCAAGAUACCCACAACAAUUUGGUAUUAUCAUUCAAUAAUGCAAUUGACUCUUUUAUAUUUAUAUCUGGUUACUUAUUAUACAUGACAACUAUUAAUAAGCUCAGAAAACCCGGAUGUGAUUGGUUUCAAAUCACAAAGAUAAUUAUCUAUAAAUAUCUGAAAUCACUACCGGUUCAUGUCACAAUGAUAAUUCUUACAAUAUUUAUUGUCCCCCAUAUGGGAAAUGGACCUUUUUGGGCAAACCAAAUGGGUGUGGAAGCAAACCAAUGUAAAAAAUAUUGGUGGACUAAUCUAUUAGUUAUAAAUAAUUUUGUCGAUGGAGAAAAACAAUGUCUCUACGCCGGUUAUUUCAUUUCGUUACAACUACAGUUAAUGGUUAUUGGAAUUAUGGUCGUUUACAUUUAUGGAAAAAACCGCAAAAUCGGCAAUGUUAUAAUAGCCUUGCUGAUUACCGUAUCAUUAAUCAUUCCGUUUGCUAUAACUUACUACUCGAAAUCAGAAGGAAUUACUAAAUUCAAUAUAUCGUUUUCGUUAAAUUUAUUUCAAUCAAGUAGUUCGGCCUCAUAUCAUUUCACGUACCUAUACAGCCGAUUUUAUGUACGGGGUUUACCAUUUUAUAUUGGACUGUUAGCUGGUGAUAUUGUCGAAGUUUUAAAAAAAAAACAAGUCAAAAUGUCUAAGACAACUACUUUUAUAACUACUCUAGUAGCCUUUGGUCUUUACAUAUAUGUCCAAUUGUACAGUAAUGUAUUCUUUAAAAGACAUAGGGAUUACAAUGCAAUUGAGUCAUCUAUUUAUUCAAGCCUUAACCAUCUAAAUACGCCCUUACUUUACAUGUGGAUCGCUAUCUGUCACACUACUUCUAGUUAUGGAUUUCUAGAAAAAUUGCUUAACAAUCGAUUCACUAGUUUAUUACACAAACUCUCAUAUUCACUAUACCAGGUCAAUAUUACCGUAAUAUUAAUGAUUAUUUUUUCUGCGCGGGCAUCCGAAGUUUCCUCAACACAAAUACUCGUAAUAAAAUCAAUUUAUAUAAUAUUUACGGUAUAUAUAGCGGCUGUUGUGUUGCAUUUUCUUGUUGACGCGCCGUUUGGUUUAUUGAUAAACAGAGUUAUUUUUGGAAGAAGACCUAGCACAAAAUCAAAAGAAAAUUGACACUAAAUGAAUUCAUAAAAAUAUUAUCAAAAUUACAGAAUCAAAAUUCAGAAAGUUUUAAAUGUUCAACCCAAUCAAUUUUGGAUAUUCAUUAAUGAUAUAAGCAAAAAUAAUUUCUUACCUAAUAGUAUGAGUCCUGAGUUGUUUAAUGCCAAGUGUAUUUCUAAAAAAUUGUAACUUUGUUCUUUCCCAUCCUUUAUUGUACUUGUCUAAUUUAGCACUCUCCAACGGUAUUAUCCCUGAUGCAUGGAAAACUAGUACUAUAACUAAUUUACUUCUUAUCAAACUUUUGUAUCUGACGCCCUUUCAAAUGGAUCAAAUGUCGAGGUUAUAUACACCGAUUUGACUAAGGCAUUCGAUAAAAUUAAUCAUAAAAUCAUAUUUAGAAAAUUUAAACAGAUUGAUAUUUGUAGCUAUUUUCUAUCCCGGCUUGUAUCUUUCAUUGAACAUCGUUGCCAAAUAGUAGCUUUUAUUUUAUCUAACCAUACAAGUAACUAACUAUGCACCCCUAACUAACUAAUAUCCCCCUCCCCAAGCAUCAAAACGAUGAAAACCAUAAAUGAAUUAUAAAUAAGAUGUUCAUCUCACCAAACUUUUCUCAUUUGCAACUUAUUGUAAUUGAAUACUAAAUAAUUUAUAGCUAAAUAUAGUAUGUAAUAUUUUAUCUUUAUAUUGUUUUAUUUUAUUUAUCAUACUAUUGUUACACCUCUAUCGUAGAAUACAUUUUCUAUAAUAGCUUUAUUAUAAC